AUGAUUGUUUACAGGGACCUUCUAUCCAGUAAGUACUAGGUCUCAACCACGUGUGACUGUCUUGAAAGUUCUAUUUUCCCUGAAUUGUCCCGAGAAACAGUGUAUGUUGAGUUGACUUUCAUCGGUAUUUCUGAUCUUUUGGCACACGACUUUAGUCUGUGAAACAAGAAUAAUUUUGUUGGAUAGGCUCUUUAAUUGUAUCAUGAAGGUUAAUGGCCAUACCUAGUCGAUUUUUUAUCAAUCACAGUACAAUCAUUCCAUAGAAGAAAAAAAACAGAAACAAAAUGGCUGACGAUUUCACAAACUACACAGAGCAGUUAAAGUUACUUAUCCUGCCUCAAAUGUCACGAACAUUCGAUAAAGAAAACUUUUAAUCGUAUUUUGUCGUUGUUCUUCGUAUACGUGGGGAUUUCAAGAGUAGAGAGAUAAUAAAUGCUCCAGAUUAAAGUUAACAUCAAAGUUAUGAAGACAGACAGGCUUACGUAAAGUGCCCACGACACGAUUUUUUUUUAGUAUUUUCUGGUCCAUAGGUGUAUUUAAAAUUAGAAAUGAUGAACCUUACCGCCUACUGAGUUCUCUUUGACCAUGUCAAUGCUGACUGAUACAAAGUUAUAAGAGAUGUGAGAGAUUUUCAUGUCUCGACUGAAAAGUUUCCACCGUUUUCUGCGUUAUCACCAACUACUUCGUAACACUAUUUAGACAAAAUAAGAGCACUUUAGGGCCCCAAAAAACCGAGUUUAAUUUUUUGGAAAUUUUUCUUCUAUCAAAAUUCGUUUGUACACAUGGUAAGCUAAAUAUCUUUGCAAACAAAAAUUUUUGUGUCAUAGGCACUUUCAUCAUGAUUUCUAUUUUCUAGCACAUGAGAAACUGUGCCAUUGAUGUGAACAAACAGACCAAACAACCAGUCAACUUAUUUCAGUAAAUCCUUUUAUCAAAUUGAUUUCUCCUGCUGAAUCAGACAAUUCUUAAACUGUAUACCUACUUUAAUGGGAAUUUUGUCAAAUUAACCCUUUAACUCCCAUGAGUGACCAAGACAGAAUUUCUCCUUACAAUAUCAAUACAAUAUCAACCAGGUAAGUGAUGAGAAUAACGAAAGAUUUCAAUUUGGGGAUAGCUAGUUGAUCCUAUACUAAGUUCUCUGAAUUAACAUUACAAAAAUCUUAUGGUUGAUAGUUAGGAGAAUUACAAAUUUGAUCUGGGAGUAACAGGGUUAAAGGGGAAACUUUGCAUGACGCCGAUUUAUGUGUAAACUGACACAACUGAUUGGCCUUAGUCCUCAGUUUUGUAAUAUGUUGUAAUUUCUACAUAAUUAAGCAAAAAUGGUUUUUUGUUCUUAUAUAACUUAUUUUUUGGUUGAUAAUAAACCUGGUCACUCUUGCAAGUUCUCCAUAAUGUUCCUAAUACAUUUCCCAUGAUACUUUCAAGGAGAAUUUGUAUGGCAAUCAAGAGCCUUUAGAGUGAGCAAUAAUUUCCUUUAGCCCUAAUCUUUGAUUCAGGGGUGAAACAAUUGGGAGAAAUAAGAUGCUUAUCAGUCCUCAGUCAUAAUGGUUGAUGGAUUGACAGGCAUUUAAUCUAUCAGAAGUUGAUCGUAUUUUUAUUCACAAGCUGUAAUCACUAUUAGUGUUGUAAACAAUUCUAAGUGAACUGUUCUUCUCAGCUACAAAUCAAAUUUUCAAUCACUAAACUUCAGAUUUGCAUAUCCUUCUUUAGCCUUGUAAAGCCCAUAGCCAAACCCAAACCAAAUUCAAUUUCCUCUGGAUUUUCAUCAUUUAUGAAUGUGAUUUUACCCAUGGUAAAAUUUUUCUUAAAACCUUGAACCAGGUCGAACCAUGUCUGUCAAUAUGUGGCAAAUCAAAACAACCAGUGUAUCAGUGUCCUGCAGUCCAAAACAUCUACAUUACAAUGUGAUUUUUGCAGUAAUUUAGUGUUCCAUUUUCACUCGACUUCUCUCUAUAAUCAAAUUUGAUAAAUGUUUACUGUAUGAGUAGAAAAAAAAUCAGUGAACACCACUUUUCUCUUAUUUCUGGUCCUUCAUUUUCAACUCCCAAUGACUCGUACUCCUGAUUGAAUUAUCAGGAUGCAACUGUAUUAGUACUUCCUAGAAAUUAAAUUUUUUUGGAAAUUAAAAUCAUGUGUUGAAUGUUUCAGUAUUUUUUAGUUCUUCAUUGUCAAUAAUCCAUCUCCUUUACAGAUGAUGAGUUGUUCACUGACAGUUGCAAAAUGAGAGAAGUAGAUGACAGUGUAUUCAUUGAAGUAGAAGGCAAAGUAAGUAAAAUUGAUCUUUUUUUUUUUUUUUUUUUUUUUUACAAAAUCAUUAAAUCAUGUUUAAUAAUCAAAAGCUUCUUUGUCGGCAAUCAUUUCUUUUACUCUUGUGACAUCAAGAAUUGAUUUAACUACAAUAAUGUAAGGAGUUGUUAGAUUUUUUUGUCACUUCUAUGGGUUUAAGGGUUAAUUAACAAUUAUUCGCCAAAGGCAAAGUGAAUAUUGAUGAAUAGUCUGGGGGAUUAUUCAACAAUCUUCACUGAGCCUGAGAGAAAUAAUUAGUUUUAGUAUAAUUGCGACAAGUGACAUUAGCAGCAAGUUUCCACCAGCAUUUAGCUGGCACAUUUUAAUUCCAUCAACAAAACCUUCAUAGCUCUCCUUUGAAAAGUGUCAUGCCAAACUUUUUAGCAUCUUUUGUGCUCUUCAAACUUGUAUUUUCCUCUGUCACAAUUAUCAGGUCUUGUGGAGUGUUGAAGAAAUGCAAGGCUGCCAUUUUGAAAUUUAAUGCUCCUGUUGUAAUCACUUUACACAAGGCAAUUACAACCAGAUAUGAUGCAAUCCUCAACCAGUAAGAGUGCAUGCAUCUUUAUAAUCACCAGAGCAAUUAUACUAAAGCUAAUUAAAAAGUUGUAGUAAUUUUUUUUGGUGAAAGGCUUCAUUUGAAGCGAGUACCAGUUCAAAGCGAGACAAACUAUAAUACUCACUUACAAGUGUUACUGUAUAAAAUCUCUCUUUAUAAAACCAUUAUAUUGAAAAUGUACCAUCUUCUUUUACUCUAUGUGUUGAAUGGUGGUGAAGUUUUUAUGCCUUCCUUAGCAUACUACAGAGUGCACCAAAGUUGAUGAGGCUAUGAUUGGUGGGAACAAGUCUGCCGAAUCUUAUGAGGAAGAAUCUGCCGAUGCAUCCACAAGUGGGGUCGAUAUUGUCCUCCAAAACAGAUUAGCAUGGGUAGACAUGGACAAAAAAAAAUACCAGAAGUAUAUCAAGGCAUAUGUGGCCAAACUUGUGGAAAAACUUACCGAGACCAAGCCAGACUAUGUGGCCACAUUCAAGAAAAAAGCUAUACCAGCAGUGAAGAGGAUUCUUGAUAACUUUGAUGAGUGGGACUUCUACCGUGGAGAGACUGACUUUGAAGGGGCAAACGGAAUGCUUUGCAUCUUGGGAUAUCGUGAGGAUCAAACAACCCCCUAUUUGCUGUUUUUCAAAGAUGGACUUCUUGAAGAGAAAGUGGUAGGCUUUUUGUUUGCUUGAUACGAAAGGUCAACUUUAAAAGAUUUCUCUAGAUACUCUGCAAAUGAUAUUUUGUCUCUUAACCUUGAAAAAAUAUGAAAAAUAUAUCCAUCUCUUAGAACUUGAUCAUGGCCACAGCAGUAUUGAAUCUUGGUCAAGAAACCAUAAGAUGAGUUAUUUUUUCAGCCUUGGAAAAGAAUAUGUGAAGUUAUAACAUGGACUGCAUUUUGAGUUCCCAAUGAAGAACCCUCUCCUCUUUUUCUUUAACCCUUAAAGUAGCACUAGUGACCAAGACAGAAUUUCUCAUUAUUAUGUCAAUACAAUAUCAAGCAGACAGGUGAUGGGAAUGAUUAAUGGUAAUUGAACUGAGUGGAGUGCAAUUUGUAUAGGUAAAUGCAUGAUUGCUAGUACAAUUUGGGAUAAAUCAGUACAAGUAAAUCUUUCAAAGGCUAACCAAAUAGCACAAGCCCAUAGUGCAGGUGCAAUUUGUAGUCCUGGAAAAAUUAAUGAGUGCUGAUUUAUCCCAAAUGGCACAAAGAAAAUCAUGUGAUUUACUGGUAAUUAGUAGCACUUAAAUGUCUUUAUUUCAAGUCAUGGCUCACCAGUUUGGUCACUUGCCUUUGCCUUGUUGCCAAAGUAGUCAGGCUUUUUCCUCAAGAAUUUGCUUCAAGCUUUAAAAACCUCUCUUGUGAAUCAUUGAGCAUUUUUAUUCUUUCUCUGUCUGGUAUUUGUCAACUGCAGUAAUUUUCACGAUAGUUAUUGAGCUCAUAAUGUUCCCCAUUUUGUUGUAUGAACUGUUGCAUAAAACUCCUCAAGAAUUUUAUCUUAUAUUUAGUCACUUUGAACAAGCCUUGAAAUCUGAUUGCUUGUGUUUUAGUAAAGCUCUCUCAUUGGCUGGGAAAAAGAUAUAGUUACAGUGUAAGACCAAAAUGUGGUGCAAUUUGUGAAUUAAUGGCACUUAUUAGAGCCAAUCAAAUUGUAAGGAUCACCAGAAAUUUCAAAAUGGAUGUGAUUGAGGAAAUUAUCCAUUAGGGGAUUAUUUGUUGAUCCAAUACCAAAUUUUCUAAACCAACAUCAGAAGAAUUUUAUGGCAGAUAGUAAGGAGAAUUUCUCAAGAGAUCUUGGAAGUGAAAAGGUUAAGGAUAAAUUUGCAGUAUUACAAGAAUGAAUGAUCAGAGUUUCCUGUCUUAUGUGUAACAGAUAAUUUAAACACCCUGGAUUUUGGGUGCAGACUUUCACCCAAACAAUCUUACCAGCUAUUCUGCCUGGAUUUGUUUUGUUUUGAGUAAAACCAGUCCUAGAGAGAGUAAUACUUGACUUGACAGCUUGAACUGAACUGUCCAACCCUUCAACUGCCAAGAUCUCAUUAGUAACUCUCCUUACUGUCGGCUAUUCAAUUCUUAUGAUGUCAAUUUGGAGAAUUUGGUAUUAGAUCAUCUAAUAAUUCCUAACUGAUAUUUCAUUUAAUUCUCAUCACUUCUAUACUUGAUAUUGUUUUGAUAUUGUAAGGAGAAAUUCUUUCUUAGUCACUUAUGGGAGGUAAAGGGUUAACUUGUAUCUUUCAAUGUUCUAUGUUGCAGAACAAGAUGUUGAAUUUUUUUUUUUCUUUUUAUUUCUUGCAGUAACCAUGUCCAGACAAGGAAAUUACCCAGAUAUAUCUAUAACGCACGAGAAUUUCAAUUUUCUUUCCACUUGAAGAGGA